AUGGCACCCACAAAACCAGUCGAGAAGCAGACUUUUACGACGCUGGCAUUUCGUGGUAGACGCAUCGAGAAGAGCAAGACUGGUCGAGUCAGCAGAACAAUCCCCAAGAAGCUCACAACAUCACUAUCAAGCAUCGAGCUGUCCCCGCUGUUACGACUCCCCGGAGAAAUCCGUAACAUAAUCUACUCCAAGAUCUUCGACGACCUCGAGAUCGACCCCGUGUACUUCGGCAGCGGCGAAUUCGCAUGUCGCAGCGGGUACAAAUGGUCUUCCAAGGAAAAGAGCUUCAAAAACUUCAACAGCAUUGUUGGCUUCACGCACUCUUGCCGCCAAAUUCAUGCAGAGACUCGACACCGCAUGUGGAAGGACAGUAGCUUCGAAGUCCGGCACCCGGCGAUUUUCGCGGACUGGAUGGAGCGCCUGCGGAAGGAUUUGCAAGAAGUUGUCUGGGCAGGGCUGAGUCCGGAGCAGCGCGGUGCGGUUAGUCAGAGGUCGUGGCCUGAGUUCUUGUACUCCUUGUGGGUCAACACUCCAGAUGAGAUGUAG